AUGCGGUACGAAGAUUGGGACGUUAUCAUUUUCCCAGCCGGCAGAGAUUCUAAAGUCCCUUUCAAAGAGUUCAAGAUCGCGUGCCAUGUUGUGCCCGAUCUCGAGCUUGCUCACAUCCAUGGGGCCGCGGGCAUGCCCGUCAUGACGUGUUUCGUGCCGAGUCUUCCAGCCGGAACCCCCUUCCAGAUCUCGAUCCAUUCCUGGCGGAACCCGGAUAUCAGCCAGUUUACGCGAGCCUACAGCAAACAUACAGAUCUGGUCAAGUUUGAGGCGCGCAUUUCGCUUGAUGGACGAAUGGUAGCGUCCACGGCCUUUGACCGCAAAAUUCACGGGCCACACUUGAUCACCAGCACAUUUGAGUUCACAAAGACAGGCGAGCUCGAGCGACUUAAGUUUCCCCACUUCCGACGUGAGCUGCUGUUCCAGAACCACUGGAGCCCUGGUGACGACCUCGGUCGGAUCAAGAUAAUAAUUAGCGAAGGGUUCCCGCGCGACUCACUUUCGGUUCCGAUAGAACGAGUAAAAAAUAUCGUGGCCUUCUCCUUCCAGCAUGCUCCAUUGGAGAUUUUGGAGACCAAUGGAAUCGCAUGGCCGAACCCUUCGAUGUGGCGGCGCGCGCCCUUUGCCCCGACGGUGCCAGUUCCUACAUAUCAUCCAGAAGAAGGAGCAGAGUCGCAUGCACAUUCGCCUCGAAGAAAGUCGAUGCUCCUAAGGAACAGCAAGAGUCAGGGGUUUACGGCUCCAUUUGUAACGGGAGGCAUGUUCCUGCCCCCAUCAGCCCCCGGUUUCGUCGGAAAUCCAGCCGUGAAUGCGUCAUAUUUGCCACGAACUACAACUGGAUCUGGGUCGGCGCUGUCAUACCCGGACCCAUUCACCGAGUCUGCGGCCUAUCUGGACUGGGUCAAUGCAACGACCAGUCUACCCAACAUCGACCUCGAAAGGAAGGCUUAUUGGCCAACCAAUAUUCGCUCGGACAGGCGAUCUAGCAGUGACACAAACAUGCCUGACUAUGUCCCUGUUCGGAAUCAUGAUCCAAUGCAGAUCUCAGGUGGCAGCCUCGAGGACGAUCCGAUGAGCCUGAAGGUUCCAACCAACACACCCACCGCUCGGCUCGGCGAAGAGAAUCCACACCCCCAAUACUCGUUUUGCUCGCAUACAUCGGCACUUACCCCCGAUCUCGCGACAUCCCUGACCCACUCACUGCUCAAUCAACCGUUUCCGCUUCCAGCUCAGCCUCAAAACACGUCGCUCCCGUCUUCCGAAGUCAAGUCUCGGAAGGAGAGUCGUCAUUUGGCAGUUGGAGACUCCAACACUUCCUCGACGCACUCAACGCCCCAUGCAGAGCACGUCGAGGUUCGCAAGUUCACGCAGCCCGAAUUUAGUCUUGGGCCCCGAGAUUCAGAUUCCCCAAUGCCCUCUGGCCCAGAGAACAUGGACGGCGCUAGUCCUUCGAAUAUGCAGUCUGUCUUUGCCUCUGGCGGAUCUCGCAACGUCUCGGCUGUCGAGUUUGGAUCCAGCAUCACGAAUUUUAGUAUGGUCUCGGCGAACCAUGGAGAUGCUUCUGUUGGAGUACCGAACAUGGGAGUCGGCAAUAGCAAUUCGGGUAUGAAGCGGACGCGAAACUUCACGCCCAUUUCCGCAAAGGUGAUUGACGAAGAGGAUGAACCGCGCCGAGCCAGUCCUCACGUGCGUAUUGCGGGGUUUGGCGUGGAUGAUGCCCACGAUACUUGA